UCGCUUAAUAUCGGAAAAAGCCCCCCCCGGAGUAUUCUGGAGAAGAAAACGAAGAGAGAGACAGAAUGAGUGAGAGUGAGAGUGAGUGAGACGACUGAAAGGAAGACAGAAGACAGAAAACGCUGAGCGAGAAAAGAGCGAAGAGAGGAUCAUCAUUUCUUGUUCAUCAAUGGCAGUCACGUCUCUUCUUCUUCUCCACCCGGGUUUCAGCUCUGUUUCCUUCACCAAUUGCACUGGCUCCUUCCCUCACCAUUAUUCCCGUCCUUGCAACCAAAAGCUCUACGCCCACAGAAGCUCAAGUUUCAACCUCCAUGGACCCAGAAUUGUGGGACCCUUCAGGAUUCGAGCCAUGUCUGCUUCUUUCGGCUCUCGAUUGGAGGAUUCCGUCAAGAAGACCAUCUUUGAAAACCCAGUUGUUGUCUACUCCAAAUCAUGGUGUUCGUAUUCCUCCGAGGUGAAAUCUUUGUUUAAACGGCUGGGUGUGCAGCCACUCGUUAUUGAAUUGGACCAAAUGGGUCCUCAAGGACCACAAAUGCAGAAGGUUCUAGAAAGGCUAACUGGACAACACACUGUCCCAAAUGUUUUUAUUGGGGGCAAUCACGUUGGCGGUUGUACAGAUACUGUUAAACUAUAUCGGAAAGGGGAGCUUGAACCUUUGCUCUCGGAAUCUGGUGCUGCGAAAACAGAGAGCUAGUUUUCUUUAGUUCUUAUCCUUUGAAAGAUUGGCUUUCCUUGCUAUCUGUGGACUUCAUAACAAUUUAUGUGCCAAUUUCUGUCUAUCAAAAAUGAAAAAUUCUUUUUAUUGACAUCAUUUAAUUCCUUCUCAUGUUCCAGAAGUGAUAUUUAUGCAUCUUCCUAAUGAAAUUGUAUAGAGGAUUCAUUUUAAAGGCCAACGUAGAUUGCAUAUGAGCCUUGUUUCAUUGUUUAUUUGCGCAACCUUUCAUAUUGGAUAUUGGAUGCAUGGCUUGUGGAGCUGUAAAAUGCUGUGUUAUGUUUAGAUGAACUGUCAAUCUUUUGAUUGUAUUAAUGAGCUUUGCUGCUUAUUUGCUCUA